AUGGCAGACACUGAAGACAAAUCCAGCCUGACACUUGUCGGUGUCGACAGUACACAGAAUGGCGAGAGGUCGCUCUGCGACCGGUGCAUAAGCGUCGGCUUCAGCUUGGACAAAUUCAUUGUUAGCAAGCCAACAGUUGUCGUGGAUAUAGUCCAGAAUCGCUACGGCUACGAGCCACGGAAGUCGAAUGAUAAUUUUCGCCUCAACUCGGGCGCCAGCCUGAAGAACUUUGCAACCUUGCGGGAACUCCAGGAGAGCCGAGUUAACUGCGCGUUCUGCGACCUUGUUUUCCGCGCGAUCGAGCGCUACAGUGGAAGCACAGCAGUCGAUGACACCACUUCGUGCUCCCUGCGCUGGGAGGUCCACGGCCGGGAGGCCGACUCGCGGUCUGCCUUUGCUGUUAACAGCACGAGGCGGAUCCGGUUCACCUGGAACGAGAAGCUGGGUCAUACGCAGGAGGUCUAUGUGAUCUAUGUCGCGCCGAGGGACGCCCUGCGGCCGAAUUCGGACGCCAUUUCGAGAUGGGAGCGGGAGACGCUCUUCCUUGGACGCGAUUUCGGUGAUCAAAAGGAGAAGCAGGCCCUCAUCAAGAGUUGGCUUGAUCUCUGCAUCCACGACCAUCGCGAUGAGUGUCGUCACACGCAUGACAGUCAAGAUGAGUUCCGGAAGCUGAUCGAAGAGACCUACUUUGGCAUCAUUGAUGUGGCCGACAUGCAGCUCAAGUCCCUACCUAUCAGCGCCAACGGAGAACCAGAGCCUUAUGUUGCGCUAAGCUAUGUGUGGGGUCGGAAACCGCACGAUGAUCCGCCAUACGUUACGAAGCGGGCAAACAUCGUGACCCAUAUCCUACAUGGUGGUCUUGAGACGGCGUGGGAGAAGCUACCGCGGACAAUCCAGGACAGCAUCCUCUUAGUGAGCCGACUUGGCUAUCGCUACUUGUGGAUUGACUCGCUGUGUAUUGUUCAGGACAGCGACAGCUCGUGGCAACUCAACGCCCAAGCUAUGCAUUUAGUCUAUGGUCAUGCUCUGUUCACAAUCUGUGCAGCUGAUGGACGCGAUUGCUCGUCAGGUCUACGUGCGGCGCAGCCAAUCUUGCGAGCCUUGGAUCCAGGUCCAUUUGGCGGCAGCCAGGAAGCAUCAAGAGAUUUUGACGAUCCACGGCCAAUAUGCGCCGAUGUUGGCAAAGGUUUGCGCCUCAUGGUAACGCGGCCGCUUGAAGCCAUGAUUAGCGACUCGGAAUGGGAUACACGCGCGUGGACGUUCCAGGAGCGAAUCCUUUCUCGCCGCUGUCUCAUCUUCGCUGAGGGGCGUGUCUUCUUCCAGUGUCGCACCACCUGCAUGUCCCAGGACAUCUACUCGGACGGGAACAGGAAAGGCUGGUCGCUGGAUCAAGCCAACUCACCGCUUAGAACGCUUCGCGAACUACAGCAGCGCCCGCUUUGGCUCUAUUUGAUGUACAUUCGCAUGUACACAGGGCGCCAGCUGACGAAGCCACGGGAUGUCCUAGCCGCCUUUAAAGGCGUAGAAUGGCUUCUGGAGGAAUAUAUGGAAGCUCCGGCGCUGUUCGGUCUGCCGACUUCCCACUUCGACCUGGCCGUCCUCUGGAGCCCUCUGGAGGCGGUCCGACGAAGACAGCCCAGAACGCCGUCGGGAUCUGGCACAUCAUGCGUGCAAGACGCCCUGGGAAACUGCAUCUGCAAGGUCGAGCAGGAGUCCUUUGGGGGGAAUGACUUCCCGUCGUGGUCCUGGUCAGGCUGGAUGAACGGCAAGAGCGAGUAUCAGUCGAGCAUGCUUGAAGGGUGCUUGGUCGAUGUGCGCGACUGGCUCACUCACCAUACCUGGAUCCAGUGGCAUAUUCGCGACGAGACAGGACACUUGCGGCCUUUGUGGGGUAUGAUUUCUCACAAGACUAACGAAUACAUAAUUAACCACCGCGCCGGCACGAAGGAGGAUGAGCGAUGGAUGGGCUACCCAGGCAUAGAAGAUGCCCAGCCACUGUUCAUCCGUCCACUGUCUCCGCCUCCGCCUCCGCCUCCGCCUCCCGACCUUGGCGAGCUGCGCUACCACUAUCGUGAUGUAUCCCCGCCCCGACCUAGAGGGCUAGAGUCUCCACCCGAUAGACGCCUAAUGCGGCUCGGAGACUUAUUGGUCAGAGUCCUAGAAGUCCUUGAUAACCGCUGGAACACAACCUCCUGGAGAGGGCCCCCCAGUGAUAGAAGCAAUAUGGAUUUUGAGCGUGUGACUAAUUCGGCAUACGUGAAUAAUGGAACGACCAUGUCAAGGAAUGAAAGGGAAGCUGAUUUUAAGAGGCAGCGCCGUGUCACCCUGGUCGAUCCCCCUGAAGACAUCCAUGGCGGACACGACAAAUACGGCCGACACAUUCGAGCGGACGUCUCUGCGAUGCAUGAUGAGAAAACGCCCAUGUUUCAGGCGAUUCUUCCCGAUAACCCUUUUGGGGUUAUACGCGACAAGGCUCGGGAUCCGCCCACGGACCGCUGUAGAAGCCCUAAUAGAAUGGGCAAGGGGUCUCGGAUGACAUACAUGCCUAUUCUCCAGUUUAAAACCUGGCGCACCGAGCUCCACGUCACCAUCCGUGACGGCAACUUCGAGAGUAGCGUCAGACCAACAAACACAGGGCUGUGCCAGUGCGACAUCCUCGACAAGCCGAGCGACUGGUGCGGUGCCAUCGUUCUCGAUGAGGAGUGGAUUCGCGAUCGCCAGGGUAACGUCUUCCAGUUUAUUGCUCUAUCGGGUGCGGAGUGCUUCACGCAGGAAGAGUGCCCGGUCUGGACGUACUACAUCCCUAAGGAGCGAGAUGAGUCUGAGUGGGAUUUGUAUUUUGUGCUGCUGUUGCAACGAGAUAUAGAGAGGGGUGUCUGGGAGCGCGUUGGGCUUGGGAAGGUCUUCCAGGCGGCUUCUCGGGACCGAUCUUGGGCCGAGAUCAAGCCUGGGUAG